AGUGCCUCUCCAGGCUUUGCGACCCUUCGACGGCCUCGACCUCACUAUAGCUGGAACACCACCCCGAUCACAACACGACACCCUCGCCUCCUCCGCUACGAGCACACACUGCUACCAGCCUUCAAUUUCGUGCCGUCAGUCAUCCCACCAUGUUAUCCGAGCCGAGUCUCUGUUUCGAUCACCUGCCUGUGGGUUAUCGCUGUGAAGUGAGGCUUAAGAUGGGAAACACUUGUUUGAUCACCACUUGUUCGCUGAAAUGUCUUACAUAGCAUGUAUAUUUGGAUCGCGGAUUCUGCUGUCUAUUAUUAAAACCCUUGGCAACUUGCAGCGGCAUACUUGUGAUCUCCUGCAUCGCAUGGUUUUCUCUUUCAUGUGGCCUUCCCAGUGCCGUGAUCGACUGUCUGCCCCUCAAUUAAGUCUAUGAGCCGUUGCUGUCCUUUAUAUUCCGAUGUGUUACUCGAGGCUCACCAAGUCCAGGGUUCUAUUUUUGGCUGCGACUCCUGUCAUCCUUGAUCAAUUGCUACUCGUCAACCAAAAUCAUGUGCUCAAACAGACAUUUACAACCAUAGCAUCAAGCAACACCUCAUACGUCCAAGACGCAUUGUGGAACCAUUGUGCUCUGUUUAGAAUACCACUGUACUUCUCGCAGAAUAUCGGAAUUCAUUCCUUUAUUUCAUUGCAAAACAUAUAUGCAAACGGUUUCCUGGGCACUUCUAUGCAAUCUAGACUACGUCUUUCAAGUUCAGCAUCAGAAGUGUGUGUUUCAUUGCCCUCCACCGAUGGCUUGGCAUCUGAUAAUGGUCCAAGUGCUAGAGAUGCUAUGAUGAUCCAAAAGAUACUAAAGUCUCAUGAGAACAGCACUGAGCUUCCAUCGGUUCUUGAUAAAUGUAAUAUUCAGUUAACCGAAGACCUAGUUGUGAAUGUUCUUCGGAGGCACCGCUCUGAUUGGAAGCCUGCCAUGUCUUUUUUUAAUUGGGCUUCUAUGCAAAAUGAUUAUAAGCAUGGAUCAAGAGCUUACAAUGAGAUGCUUGGCAUUCUUGGUAGGAUGAAGCAAAUUGGGCUAAUGAGGCAAACUUUUGAUGAGAUUCCAAGAGAUAUAGAUCCAUCCAUCAUUAAUGACAAAACUUUUGCAAUUCUUAUGAAUAGAUAUGCAGGCACCCAUAAGGUAGAAGAAGCUAUAGAAAUAUUCUACAAGAGGAGAGAAUAUGGCUUUGAGCUUGAUAUGAUCGGCUUCCAGACACUUCUGAUGUCCCUCUGCAGAUAUAAACAUGUUGAGGAAGCAGAAGCUCUGUUUCUUCAGAAACAAGAUGAGUUCCCACCUGUUAUAAAGAGCAGAAAUAUCAUCCUUAAUGGUUGGUGUGUGCUGGGAAGCUUACGCGAAACUAAGAGAGUUUGGAAUGACAUAAUCUCUUCUGGCUGCAAACCAGAUUUGUUCACCUAUGGCAUCUUCAUUAAUGCUUUAACAAAAGCUGGAAAGCUUGGUUCUGCUGUGAAUUUAUUUACAUCCAUGUGGAAGAAGGGGUGCAAUCCAGAUGUUACAAUUUGCAAUUGCAUCAUUGAUGCAUUAUGCUUUAAGAAGAGAAUCCCGCAAGCCCUCGAGAUAUUUAGUGAAAUGAAUGAGCGUGGUUGCCUUCCAGAUGUAGCAACCUAUAACUCUCUCAUCAAACAUCUAUGUAAGAUCAGGAGGAUGCAGAAAGUACAUGAGCUGUUGGAUGACAUGGAACAAAAGGGUUGCCUCCCAAACACCAUAACUUACUCUUACAUUUUGAAAACAAUGGAAAAACCUGAAGAGGUUUCCCCUUUGUUGUUGAGAAUGGAAAGGACUGGCUGCAGAAUUGAUGCUGACACUUACAAUUUGAUCCUGAAUCUUUAUUUGCACUGGAAUUAUCAGCAGGGUGUUAGAUCUGUAUGGGCUGAAAUGAAGAGGAGCGGGUUAGGUCCUGAUCAGCGGUCUUACACAGUAAGGAUUCAUAGACUUCACAGUCAGGGAAAGCUAGAUGAGGCAUUGGAAUUCUACAGUGAAAUGAGAUCAAAAGGAAUGACUCCAGAGCCUAGGACAAGGUUAUUAGUGAAAGCAAUCCAUUUAAACAGAGAGAAGGGGGAUAAUUCAUCACACAACUCCAAUAAUGAUGCUAAGAAGAUGAAUUUGCAAGUAAAUUCACUCAAGAAUUCUUCCUAAUUUUCGUUCAGAUGAACAUGCACUGGAGACAGCUGAUGUAAGAGCGAACUCAAAGACCUCAUGGACCAUCUCAAGUGUCGAGGCAGCUGAUUUCAAAACUGAGAGAAAUGAUAAUGCUACAGCAAAUUAUAUGUAUUCCAUAAUCCAUAUACUUCAAAUAUCAUCAGCUUGCAUGAUUCAACCAAAUGUACUUCCUUCUUGGUGGUUAAUGGGUGAUUAAAGUAGCUGAGAACUGCCGGUUAAAGAAGCUUUUGCAAUACUUUAUGAGGGAUGAGAUUACUGGAUCCUUGGCUGA